AUGAAGGGCCCAUCAUUUUCUCUGCUUGCGCCUGUGGCGGUGGCUGCAUUCUUCACGCCAAUUGCCGCCGUCGAAUUCGAAACUACCGCCGCCUGUCCGCGCGAAGGUGGCCUCUACAGUUUGCUGUUGCCAACAUGUCCCCGCGCUAUUUCGGGCUACCCCGCCGCCCAAAAAACACCUAACCCUCCUGGAGCUCCAGCACAGCCCGAUCCUGCAGCAGAAGCCGCGGUGGCAGCGGCAGCAGAAGCAGCAGAAGCAGCAGAAGCAGCAGAAGCAGCAGAAGCAGCAGAAGCAGCAGAAGCAGCAGAAGCAGCAGAAGCAGCAGAAGCAGCAGAAGCAGCAGAAGCAGCAGAAGCAGCAGAAGCAGCAGAAGCAGCAGAAGCAGCAGAAGCAGCAGAAGCAGCAGCAGCAGCAGGAGCAGCAGCAGCAGUAGCGCAGAGUUGGGGUGGUCCGCACGGCUGCGUCGGCGGAUAUUGUGUUUUUGCGAACCCCAAUUUCGGCAACGGCGGCAUCGUGCUGGUCACGACCAAGGCCAACAGCAAACGGGUCAAGGCGCUUCGCCCCGACACGGCGACGACAAGCCAGAAGGGCAAACAUGGCAGAGACAAACCCUUCAGGGCGCAGUCCAUCCCCGGAAAGGGCCUGGGCCUUGUCGCAAAGCGGCCCAUCGCCAGGGGCGAGCUGGUCAUGGCCGAAACGCCGGCGAUCCUGAUCCACAAACUGGCCCUGGAGGAGCCGACCGACAUCUACUUUCCCGCCCUGGAGCUCGCCGUGUCCAAAAUGACGCCCGCGACGCGCAAGUCUUUCAUGGCUCAGGGAGGGCAGGGCGAUUUCCAGGGCGCCAUGGCUAUCAUGGAUAAACUGUUUACCAAUUCGUUCCAGAUGGCCCUGUCCGGCGUCGGCGACGACCCCAAAGAUGGCUUUCAUUACGGUAACUUUCCAAACGUGUCGAGGUUGAACCACGAUUGCAGGCCCAACAUGGUUUUCCACAUCGACAACAACCUCGUCCACCGCACGCACGCUGUGCGCGACAUCCAGCCCGGCGAGGAGCUCACCAUCUCCUACGUCGACCAGAUGGACCCCGCCCGGGACCGCCAGGCCCGCACGCGCUCGUCGCUCGGCUUCGUCUGCGGCUGCGCACACUGCAGCCUGUCGGCGGGGCAGGCCGCCGCGUCCGAGAGGCGGAUCCGACGCAUCAAGAAGCUCGAGGAGAGCUUGGCGCGGGCGGUGAACAGUGGUUUUUCUGGCGGCGGGGCCCAAAAGAAUGUCGCGACGGCCGAGGAGCUGGUGCGGCUGUACGAGGCGGAGCGGCUGGAGAGCAAGAUUGCCGGGGCCUGGAUGCUCGCUGCGCGCAUCCACGACAUGGCUGGGGAUGCCAAUCUCGCGAGGAAGUUUGCCGCUCUUGCUGCGAAGGGGUUGGAGAUGGAGCGCGGGGUGAGUUUUGCCGAGGUAGAAUCUAUGAAGCGUCUUGCGCAGGGGUCAUGA